GUGACUCUUAGUGAAGGUCCCCACCAUGUGGCUUUAUUCAAAGACAGCUCUCGGGAGUUUGAUCUGACCAAGGAAGAGGAUCUUGCAGCUUUGAGAAAUGAAAUAGAAAUCAGAAUGAGAAAUAGUGUGAAGGAAGGCUGCACUGUUAGCACUGAGACCAUCUCCUUAAGUGUGAAAGGUCCUGGUUUGCAGAGAAUGGUAUUGGUUGAUUUACCUGGAGUCAUUAGUACUGUGACAUCAGGUAUGGCUCCAGAUACGAAGGAAACUAUCUUUAGCAUCAGCAAGGCCUACAUGCAGAAUCCUAAUGCCAUCAUCCUUUGUAUUCAAGAUGGAUCAGUGGAUGCAGAACGCAGUAUUGUCACAGACUUAGUAAGCCAAAUGGAUCCCCAAGGAAAAAGGACAAUUUUUGUGUUGACUAAAGUUGAUCUUGCUGAGAAAAAUGUGGCUAGCCCAAGCAGGAUCCAGCAAAUAAUUGAAGGCAAACUCUUCCCAAUGAAAGCUUUGGGUUAUUUUGCAGUUGUUACUGGAAAAGGAAACAGCAGUGAAAGCAUUGAAUCUAUUAAAGAAUAUGAAGAGGAAUUUUUUCAAAAUUCAAAGCUGUUAAAGACAUGUAUGCUGAAGGCACACCAGGUAACAACAAAGAACUUAAGUCUAGCUGUGUCGGAUUGCUUUUGGAAGAUGGUGAGAGAGUCUGUGGAGCAGCAAGCAGAUGCUUUUAAAGCCACACGUUUCAAUCUUGAGACUGAAUGGAAGAACAAUUACCCCCGGUUGCGAGAGCUUGACAGGAAUGAACUGUUUGAAAAAGCAAAGAAUGAGAUUCUUGAUGAAGUCAUAAGUUUGACUCAGGUCACACCAAAGCACUGGGAGGAGAUUCUUCAGAAAACUUUAUGGGAGAGGGUAUCUACUCAUGUGAUUGAGAAUAUCUACCUUCCAGCAGCACAGACUAUGAACUCAGGGACAUUUAACACCACUGUGGACAUCAAACUGAAGCAGUGGACUGACAAGCAACUGCCUAAUAAAGCAGUAGAGGUGGCAUGGGAGACUUUGCAAGAAGAAUUUUCCCGUUUCAUGACAGAACAAAAAGGAAAAGAGCAUGAUGAUAUCUUUGAUAAACUGAAACAAGCUGUCAAAGAAGAAAGUAUUAAACGACAUAAAUGGAAUGAGAGAGCAGAGGAUAGCCUGCGAGUCAUCCAGCACAAUGCCUUAGAAGAUCGGUCAAUAUCUGACAAACAGCAGUGGGAUGCAGCUAUUCAUUUUAUGGAAGAGACGCUCCAAAGUCGUCUCAAAGACACUGAAUCUGUUAUUGAAGAUAUGGUGGGUCCAGACUGGAAAAAAAGGUGGUUAUACUGGAUAGGACGCACCAAAGAGCAGAAUAUUCGUAACGAAACAAAAAAUGAACUUGAGAAAUUAAUCAAAUGCAAUGAAGAACAUGCAGCUUAUCUGGCAAAUGAUGAAGUGACGACUGUCAGAAAGAAUCUUGAAGCAAGAGGAAUAGCAGUGGACCCGUGUCUGAUUAAAGACACAUGGCACCAAAUUUAUAGAAGAUAUUUCCUGAAGACUGCUUUGAACCACUGUAAUCUAUGUCGAAGAGGCUUCCAUUAUUAUCAGAGGCAUUUUGUGGACUCAGAGCUCGAAUGUAACGAUAUUGUCCUCUUCUGGCGAAUACAGCGAAUGCUGGCAAUUACAGCAAAUACACUGAGGCAGCAGCUUACUAACACGGAAGUAAGGCGCUUGGAGAAGAAUGUAAAGGAAGUUCUUGAAGAUUUUGCUGAGGAUAAUGAAAAAAAGGUGAAGCUCUUAACUGGCAAGAGGGUCCAGCUUGCAGAGGAUCUCAAAAAAGUUCGGGAAAUCCAGGAAAAACUUGAAGCCUUCAUAGAAGCCCUCCAUCAAGAAAAGUAGAUUGUUCAAGCAGCAACUUUACACAAGAAUGCAGCCUUUUCCAGGAUACCUUGCACAAAGAAGACUGAAUAGAAAUGGCUUUUGUGUCCCAUUCUCUUUCCUAUCUUUUGGGGAUCCUCCUGAAAUGUUGGAGGAGGAAGAAAAUAAUGUCUCAUGGGAUUGAGAAGUUCAGUUAAAAUCCACCUGCUCUUUUAAUUUUUGAAGAUACAUGCACAUGACAGAAGAAUCUGACUUGUGUGUCAAUGAAGAUAGCUUGAGAGCUUGCUGAAGUUGUACAUUUAAGGGUUUUUUUUCCUAAAAGGAAAAAAAACUUUUAUUUUUGUCAUCUGUCUUAUAUGGUAAAGCUGGAUCAGAUUCAUAAAAUGAUAUUAUCUGUUGUCGUUUUGUUGCCUGCAGAUGAUCCUGGGAGUUUGACAUAAAGUUUUGGUAUUUGUAUGUACAUUAAAAUGCCCUUCUAAGUAAUGCCAUUUGUAUUUGUUAUGCUCUGGGUUGAAGCAUUCUCUGACCACUCUGGUACAGGUUUAAAAGCAUGGUGUUGAGAUCUUGAGAGGAAGUUGUAGAUUUUGUUUAACUCCUAAACUCGAGAGACAUCAUCCAAGCAAUUCUUGUAGUGCUUUCAAAUGAAAGUACAGACUGCUAUUCACUGACACCUUAAAAGGUUUGGCUCAGGAAAUAAUGUCAACAGCUGCUCCUUUUAGCCUUUCUUUCCUAAUAUAUGUUGUUACUCUUGAAUCAUAGCCGAUUACAUUUCAUUUCUGGGAUUGCACAGACUCUGAUUUCCUUGUUAACUCCUCCCUUCACCAUAGGUACAAAGUAACCUGAUUGAGUGCGUGUGAAAUGUAGAAAGAUACUCCCUACAAUUCCAACUUGUCCAACCUCCUUAACUAAAAAAGAAAAAAUAUAGUUAAUCUCAUUUUUCUAAUAGCUACUGUAAGACCAAAAUUGCUUUUAUAAGAAUGUUAUGCACAAGGUCC